AUUCUAAUUCACUUUUUAAAUUAUUAAGCGACUUAAAAAGAAAAGUAGAUAGCUCUUAUGAUCUUGAAAAAGUUAAGAAAGAAUUUGAAAAUAUUACAUCACCUAGUUUUUUUAAUUUAACUGAGUAUUUUGAAGAUAUUGUAAACAAGAAUCUUUCUUCAAAAAUUUAUUACAGAUAUAAUUCUAAAUGCGAUAUUGCUAAUCAUUUAUCUUUAGAACAAUUCAGUUUAUCCAAAGAAUCUAAUUUAAAAUUUUUAUCAAUAAAUUAUAAUUUAGCUGAAUGGUUUUAA